AUGGCAUCGACCACGUCCUUUUCUGUUUCCGGGAAGACCGCCAUAAUAACUGGCGCCGGCUCUGGCAUCAAUCUCGCCUUUGCGGAGCUUCUUCUCGCCCGCAAUUGCAACGUCGUCUUCGCCGAUCUGGAGCUGCGGCCAGAGGCAAAGGAUGUUGUUUCGAAACAUCAGAGUGAAGACGGGGGUCGGGCUGCAUACAUCCGCACAGACGUGACCUCGUGGUCCGACCUUUCCAAAAUGUUCGAUUUUGCCCUCGAAACUUUCGGAGACUUCGACAUCCUCUGUCCAGGGGCGGGAGUAUACGAGCCCAACUGGUCCAACUUCUGGCAUCCUCCUGGAUCGAGCCAAAGCAGAGACGCAGUCGACGGAAAUCACUAUGCGCUUCUCGAUAUCAAUCUGACGCAUCCCAUUCGCGCAACCCAGAUAGCCAUAUCCCACUGGCUAUAUCCCCGUCCUCCGGCACAAGGUUCCAAGUUCGAUAAGGCUCCUGCCAAAGUGUCGUUCGACAACCCCAAGAGAGUGGUCAACAUCACCUCAGUAGCCGCCCAGAUCCCUACCUUUAGAGCCCCUCUAUACGGAGCAUCCAAAUUCGGCCUCCAAGGCUUCAUCCGCUGCCUGGCACCGUUGGAGCCUCGAUUCGGCGUGAGAGUGAACGGUGUCGCGCCUGGAAUAGUCCGCACGCCUUUAUGGAUGGAGCAUCCAGAAAAGCUGAUCAACGUGAAUGAUGCCCAGGACGCGUGGGUCACUCCCCAAGAGGUAGCUCAGGUAAUGCUGCAGUGCGUUGAGGACAGCGUGAACGUUGGAGGGACGAUUCUGGAGGUUGGCGCGGGAAAUACGAGGACUGUCAAAGUUUUCAACGACGAGGGCCCCGAUCGAGAUCCCGCAAAGGGCCUGAUAACCAGCAACAAUGAACUUGGCGACGGAGAAGUGGUUGAGUGGCUGCAUCAGGAGGCCAUAUGGGGACCUCAUGCAUAG